AUGUUGAACCAGUAUAUCAAUGAUGUCAACGAAAGAAAGGCAACACUAGAAGAAAAAAAUGCGGCAAGGAUGAUUCGUCGCUGGAGAAAGAAUCAUCCUUUGUCUGUUGCCAAUUGCCUGAACCCAUUGACCGGAGCUCAAGAAAAACGUGUUUUGGUUGAUGGUAAAAUGGUUUUAAGGUUAAGUGAAAUUAGUUCCGCGACAAAACAGGCAUUCGAGGAAAGUAAGGGCGCUGGUUCACGAAAAAUUCGACAUCGCUUAAAAUCUGUAUUCAGCGGCGUAACACAUCGGAAGGUUCAAACCUCUCUUAAAUCUCUUCCCGAAAAGCAGUCCGUCAAUCCAAUUUUCGAUAACGUUGUUCCUCUUAAACCGAUUCGUGCAACUUCGAUACAAGAACGCCACCAAAUUGACUUAGUUGAUAUGUCGCGACACACGGAAUUUUAUAACGGUGUAGAGUACAAGUAUAUUUUGUCGGUUCUAGACGUUUUCAGUCGUUACGUAUGGCUUCGCCCGCUCAACUCGAAAGAAAGCACGGAAAUCGCAGACGCGCUGGAGUCCAUUUAUGAAAGCGAAGGACCGCCGAAAAUCAUACAAUGUGAUAAUGGUCGCGAAUUCCAUGGUUCGGUAACCCGGUUGACCGAGAACCUGAUACCGGGCAAAACGCAGGCGGAUAUUUGUAUUAAUGAAGUUAAUUUUCAUAAUGUUAAUACAGUGUGUAUUCCAAACAGGGAUCUCAACUCAAACCAAAACAACACAGAUAAUAACAAUGUUCACAGUAAUGAUUUUUCUCACUAUUCGUUACAGGAAGUUCAACUUGAACCUCAACUUACAGAUUAUUCUAGUGAUUCGAUUCUCCACCUACACCUAUCCACCAACGACAGUUCGUUAUCUCCUCCGGUCAGCCAUGUAAACAUAGGGCCUUCGGCUUCUUUUCCUGACAACGAAUUAUUUCAGACUGCAAAUGACCACAUCGAUUCUCCUGUUCCGCCAGCAUUGGAAACGCCGACUUUGCAACGCUUUUCCCCAACAGCAAUCUCCGACACAAACAAUCUGAGCUCCACAGAGAAAGACAGGUUAUUUCCCCCAAGUCUUAACUCAUCAUUUUAUUUAUCUCCACCUUCUUUAUCUCCAAUUACAGAUAGGAUAAACGAUUCAAAUUUAGACAAACAGCCACCAGUAUUAUCACCUGUCCGAUUAAGGUCUAACGUGCGACCCCCUAAAAAGUUUACACCAAGUGAUUAUGUCAGGGCUCGUAAGCAAAUUUUUCCGGAAACAGAAAAUGUAAACCAAAAGCAAUUCACUGAUUUACCUUACUUCAUUCAGCGUCAUAUUUUAUCCUUUGUAAUAUACAAAAAUUUUAACAUGUUUUUGACUUUAAUAAGGGUUUCAACACACUUCAAGCAUUUGCUAGGCACCCUUCAUAAAUUGUGUCCUAAAGUAUACUUAAAUGAAAAUGUCAUGUUUUUAUUGGAAGGUAGGUCAGUAUUCGCAGAGGGCGUAAGGCACAACUGGUCUGUUCGUCAGUUGGGCCGUGUGUCGGGUUCGGGUAGUGGAGUAAUGAUGGAAUUACGGAAUAUAUUGCGACCGAUUUCUUCACGGUGGAUUAAUGGUUACAUCGAGAUACUGGCAACAGCAAUCGCCGGAUGGUAUUAUAUUGUCGAUUUUAAAUUUAAAAAGUAA